AGUGUUUGGCCAUGGUGUUGCGGCCCAAGGUGCUGCCAACACACUGCCUUUGCUUUUACAUUGCUCUCGCUGCAUUGCAUACCUACAGGGCUUACUACACUCGGUCAUUUGUUCCUCCCACCACCGGAGCUGCUUGACCGUGUUGAUGCCCAAGGCGCGAGGCUCUGAAUGCUCCAUGUGAGGCCAACAAGCUACCACCUGCACUGCAUGUUCAAGCGUGCUUGGUCAAAUACGGGAACAUUCAGUCCUUUGCUCCUAUCACGGAGUGCGCUGCUAUCUCGAUGCCGCCCAAGGCGAGACCAAUAGCAAGCUGCAACGUGCAUUGCAUUCAGUCCUUUGCUCCUCCUAUCACGGGGUGCGUUGCUAUGCCGACUUCUGCCCAAAGUGAGGCUCAGUAAGCUGCACCUUGCAAUGUUGCAAUGUUGCAUUCAGUCCGUUGUUCUUCCUAUCACGGAGUGCGCUGCUACGGUUGCUGCUGCCCAAUGUGAGGCAAACAACAAGCCACAGACUGCAUUGUAUACCUACGAGGGGUACAUUCAGCUUCUUUCGUUCCUCCUACCAACCACAGAGCUGCUUGCUAUGUCCAUGCUCGAAGCAAGAUCAAGGCAUACUCAAAGUGAGGCCAGCAAACUACAUCCGCAGUUGCAUCAUUGCCGCACCAUCAGUCCUUUGCUUCUCCUAUCACAGACUGCGUUGCUAUGUCGAAUGCUGCCCAAGGCGAAGCCAACACUGCAUUUUGUAUCGAUGGAUUGCAUACCUACGAGCCUCGCACUCGAUUUCGUUGUUCCCCCUGACCACAGAGCUGUUCGCUGACACUCUGUGACUUACCGGAGAAUGAAGCGAGACAAAGCUACAUGCGCAUUUGAACCCCGAUCCAUUGCUUUCUUACUCGCCGAGUGGCUCAUCCUUUGUUUGCUGCCCAAGGCAAGUUGAGGCCAGCAGACCAACGGACUUGCAUUGGUGCAUGUUGCACGUUGCAUUUGCAAACGUCGAGUCCAUCCGGUCAUACCGGAGAAUCGGUCUUUGCUCCAGGCGAAGGUAUUGAUGCCUCACAAAGAGAGAGACAGCAAACAUGCAUCACGUCGUUCACAUUGCAAUACCUACGAGGCAGAUUCAGGGCUUUCUCCAUGGCGACUACCUACUACUACCUUGCUACUAGGCGACCAUGUCCGCCAAUGUUGCUACCCAAAGCCGAUGUACCCUAUUGCUCACUGACCCCCCGUCGUAAGGCUACUGCCCGACCUGGGGCCGUUACUCGGUGCCCUACUGAAUGACUAGUAGGCUACCUGCUACCUACUACCUAUUGCUGCUAGGCGAUAUUUGCCUUGCCUCUGCUUGACGGCAUAUGACAACAAAGCGAGAACGCCUAUUGCCUGUCUGCCCGCCCGUCCUGAGGCUGCUAUCAUCAUACUCAGACCUGACCGCCACGACGCGGGAACUUCAAAAGGAUUCGACCGUAGCCAGUCACUCAAACCGUCUCACUCGCUCUGGAAUUCGUCGGACGCGGCGUGAGGGUUUGAUCUCGGCCGGUCUCUCGAUCCACUGCAAUAACCAAACCCUCCGUCGACGUGCCACACGAUGUGACAAAGUGCAUGAGCCAUGUACCUAGGCUGUCGGUCUCAAAACCCCAACGACGGUGCAACCCGAUGCCUCGUUGAGCCCUUCGGACCCGAUCGGCAUGGCCGUGUCUCGGCGAAGAGGGUUGUCACAGUCCAGAGUCGAGGCCAAGUCUGACGUCCGCACGUCCUGAGGCUAUCAUCAUACUUCUCGAUGGCUCUACUGGAUGGCUGGUAGUGCUGCCGGCUACCUGUUGCUAGGCGGCCUUUUUCCUGCCCGAGGCUGCCUAUUGCUUCCUGCCCAACGCGAGGCUAUUGCCCGACCUGGGGCUGCUACUCGGUGCCCUCCUUGCCCUACUGGAUGGCUGUCAGGCUAAACCGCUUCUAAGGCGACCUUUCCCCCGCCUGCUACGUUUGAUGGCCUUUUGGCGAAGCGAGGUGUGUUUUGCUGCCCCAAAGUGUGUGAUCCUUGGUCUUUCCAUUGAAUUGCUCGAGAUGAUGCCUAUUACUAACCCGGAGUGUGGCCUCGAUGUGAGGUUGUACUGAUGCCCAUUUUCCACCCAAGGAGAGGCUCGAUGCUACCUAAAGUUGUACACCCAUCUCUGCCCCAACCGAGGCGCCCAAAGCGAGUUCCUUUUUGUCGCCCCGAUGCUACCCAAAAGUGUUGACCCUAUUGCCGCCCUAGAAGUGCGCCCAUUGCUUGCCCGACACUGCCCGUAGCAAGACUGAUUAUCACUUGAUACUGCCCAAAGUCAUUGCGUUAGACGACCAAAGGCUCCCCAUGCGGCGUACUCCGUCAAAAUGGUCUUUACAAGUCGAGGCCUAUUUCUUCUUUUACUGACACAGUUUUACCACUCAUUCCUCUUCCUACUCUAUCCGACGAGGCACUCGUUGUUGAGGCAACUUCCAGGGCCUCAGUCUCCAGGCCUAUACAUGUUAUCGUCCCGGGAGCUGGUGCGGCAACGAGGAAUACCUCAAUCGGAGGAAGAAUUACGCUCCUUUUUAUGGACAUCAUGUAAAAAUAGGUAGCAAACAGCCUUGUAGUCAUGUCAUCGAG